GGCAGCACCAUGAGCCGCCAGCUCCUGCCUGUGCUGCUGCUGCUCCUGCUGCUUGGGGCCUGGAGCCCGUGGGGUCAGGAGCAGGGGCCCGAGAGUCCCUCAGAGGAGCCUCCAGAGGAGGAGAUCCCCAAGGAGGAUGGGAUCUUGGUGCUGAGCCGCCACACCCUGGGCCUGGCCCUGCGGGAGCACCCUGGCCUGCUGGUGGAGUUCUAUGCCCCAUGGUGUGGGCACUGCAAGGCCCUGGCCCCUGAGUACAGCAAGGCAGCUGCCCUGCUAGCAGCCGAGUCGAUGGCGGUCACGUUGGCCAAGGUGGACGGGCCCGCGCAGCUGGAGCUGGCUGAGGAGUUUGGUGUGACGGAGUAUCCCACGCUCAAGUUCUUCCGGCACGGGAACCGCACACACCCAGAGGAGUACACAGGACCCCGGGAAGCUGAGCGCAUCGUGGAGUGGCUGCGACGGCGGGUGGGGCCCAGCGCCACGCGGCUGGAAGACGAGGCGGGUGCUCAGGCGCUGAUCGAUGCCCGGGACCUGGUGGUCAUCGGCUUCUUCCAGGACCUGCAGGGUGAGGAUGUGGGCACCUUCUUGGCUCUGGCCCGGGACGCCCUGGACAUGACCUUUGGCCUCACGGACCAGCCACAGCUGUUCCAGCACUUCGGCCUCACCAAGGACACUGUGGUCCUCUUCAAGAAGUUUGAUGAGGGGCGGGCCGACUUCCCAGUGGACGAGGAGCUUGGCCUGGACCUGGGCGAUCUGUCACGCUUCCUGGUCACACACAGCAUGCGCCUGGUCACGGAGUUCAACAGUCAGACGUCCCCCAAGAUCUUCGCUGCCAGGAUCCUCAAUCACUUGCUGCUGUUUCUCAACCAGUCACUGGCUGUGCACAGGGAGCUCCUAGCAGGCUUUGGGGAGGCAGCUCCCCGCUUCCGGGGGCAGGUGCUGUUCGUGGUGGUGGACGUGGCGGCUGAUAAUGAGCACGUGCUGCAGUACUUCGGCGUCAAGGCUGAGGCAGCCCCCACCCUGCGCUUGGUCAACGUUGAGACCACCAAAAAGUACGCACCCGUGGAUGGGGACCCUGUCACUGCCGCUUCUGUCACUGCCUUCUGCCACGCGGUCUUCAACGGCCAAGUAAAGCCCUAUCUCCUGAGCCAGGAGGUACCCCCUGACUGGGACCAGCGGCCAGUUAAGACCCUCGUGGGCAAGAAUUUUGAGCAGGUGGCUUUUGAUGAAACCAAGAAUGUGUUUGUCAAGUUCUAUGCCCCCUGGUGCACCCACUGCAAGGAGAUGGCCCCUGCCUGGGAGGCGCUGGCCGAGAAGUACAAAGACCACGAGGACGUCAUCAUCGCGGAGCUGGAUGCCACAGCCAACGAGCUGGACACGUUCACCGUGCACGGCUUCCCGACCCUCAUGUACUUCCCUGCAGGGCCGGGUCGGAAGGUGACUGAAUAUAAAAGCAGCAGGGACCUGGAGACCUUGUCCAAGUUCCUGGACAAUGGGGGUGAGCUGCCCACGGAGGAGCCCCCGGAGGAGCUGGCACCCCCAUCCCUGGAGCCACCCACCAACUCCACUGUGGGGUCCAAGGAGGAGCUGUAGUGUCCUGUGUGCCCCACACGACUGCUGGAAGGAAGCCCCCUCGGGUGCCGGAGGGAGCUGUGCC